CUGGCGUCUAUUGUCAUUGAUAACGACGCUCUGUGUGUAACAAAGUUUAGUUGGGUAAGAAUGUGCAUCCGGGUGAAACUACGUCGGGUGCUUAGCCGGUGGUAGUUAGCCACUAUGGCUGCUUAAUUACUACGCUGGAGGUUUAACCUGUAGCAGUCAUGGCCUCCGUCGAGGAAGAGGCGCUGGACCCCAGGGUGCAGAUUGAACUGGAGAAAUUAAACACGGCAACAGAUGAUAUCAACAAGCUUGAGGCCAAACUAGAAGAAGCUAAUAAUGCAUUCAGAGCAACUCUUACUGAAUCAACUGCAAUCCUGAAAAAUAUGGCAAAAAAACUAGGAAGCUGUAUUGAGAAGGCCCGGCCAUAUUAUGAAGCUCGAGAGUUAGCGAGGACGUCGCAACUGGACUGUCAGAGAGCCGCAGUUCAAUACCAGAGAGCUAAUGCACUUCACCACGCAGCCAGAGAAACCAUUGCUCUUGCUGAAGAGAGAUUUGUCAAUUGCCGUCAUGAACACUGGCAGUUUGACUCGGCUUGGCAAGAGAUGCUGAAUCAUGCCACAAUUAAGGUGAUGGAAGCAGAGGCUCAGAAAGCUGCCAGUGAGCGUGAACACAUGCGACGUGCCUCUGUCUAUCAGAAGGCUGAACAAAGAGUCCAGCAGUUGCAGCGUGGCCUUAGAUCCUCGAUCAAUAAAUCUCUCGUAUAUUUUGAAGAGAAAACAAAAGUUCACGCCCAAUUGGAAAGUCAAAAGGAGAGAGUUCAACAACUACAAAGGGCAAUAGCUGCUUCAAAGACAUCAUAUGCACAAUCUUUGAGGAGCUUAGAACAGAUAUCGGAAGAAAUUCAUGAGCAGCGUAGGUGCCGCUUGCCAAGAGAACCUGGUGUAGGUGCUGAACUCACUCCUCCCGAAGCUGUUGAUGCUGUCUUGAAUAACCACGGUGCCAAACCCUUCUCCCCACUGGAAGAAAUGACUGCGCAGGAGGAGAAAUACUGGGAAUCUUUACGAGAAAAAUUAGAGAAGCUCCAAGUCUGUAGUCCACAACUUGUAGUGACAACAAAUGAUGCGGCUUCAUCAAAUGGUGAAUCUGCAGAUGCCCGUGAGCGCUCUGUAACGGGGAGCAGCUGUGCCUCCAACUGUGAUUUAGACCAAGUGGCAGGAAUGGAAAGAGUCGUGAGUGGGGAGAGCUGUCAUGGGUCAGAGGGUGAUGAGAUACAUAGCCCCAUGGAGGGAAAGGAAUUGUCUCUAGAUGAUGUAUUCCUCCGUGUAACAAUCUAUGCUGGCAAUGUGCCCGAGAAGGGCAAAUCUCUAACAAAAGAAGAGAUACAGUGCUUGCCAGACAAUUGUGUUGAUGAGAGUACAAAUUCUUGGAAUAAUGUUAAUAAGGAACCUUUGUUAUCCCGCAGAACCCCUGUUGGUGGUCAUGCAUUUGAGGUUGAUAAUUUAGAUGUAGUUGAUAGUAAUGGACACAAUAUACCAGUGGAUGAUAGAACUACAAUUUCUUUGGUAAUGAAUAAAGAUUUAGCAAUUGGCUCUGUAGAGAAGGAGAUAGAAGUAAGUAAAAAGUGUAAUGAAGGUGAGAGUGCUGCACUUGACGUGGAUGUCAAGGAUGUCAAAAUUGAAAUUAAUGAAUGCGAUGCAGAAAACAAUUACACACAUGAAGAUUGCAAUAGCGAUGAAGAAGUUUCGGAAAUCAUUAAAGGUAUCAAGGAGGGUUAUAAAGGUGAAGGAAAUGUUGAGAGUGAAAGUAAUGAGAAGCUGGGAGAGAAGGAGGAAGGAGAUGGAUCAUCCAGUCCUCCUCCAGCCAUGUGCCAACCAUCCAGGGUUCUGAGUGUUAUCCCAGAGUUAGUGGAAAGCCCACAUGUUCCUGGAGAUUCACUCUCUCAAUCAGUUUAAUAUUACCUCUUAGCAUCUGCUCGUUUCUGUAAAGGGGCAGAUUAUAAAAUAUACGCAUAUUUUUGUAGGGCUUUUUCAGAGUAGCAAGUUAAGUGUUCCAGUUACCAGUAGAAGCACUGCUGUCACAGAUCAGGAAAAUUGAAGACAUAAUUUUCAUAUGGCUGGUCCUUGUUAAAAAUAUUUUUCUUUAUCCACUUCUAAUUGAUAGUGUAUUUCACACAUUACAUUAGCUCGGCACCGUUAUUAGUGUUGUUGGCUCCCCUGCUAGUGCUCGCUCAUUGUGCUCUUUCAUGUUUUCUAACUACUUGAUCUCGCUCGCAGGUUAGUGCCCUAAAAGGUGCGUCUUGUGGCCUCGUUCAUUAUAAUGCAAGUGGCAAAAAAAUGCUUCCCCUUGGUUUAGCUCACCUAAAUUUUAACAUUGUUUAGCGAGUGGUUUUAAAGAUGCAUGAUCUCAUAUUGUGGGAAGAGCUAUAACACAGAUGGUGUGGAAGAACAUUUGCCUUGGCCACUACAGCACAUACUAAAUUCAAUUUCGUAUAGUUUUUAAUACAGUACAAUAAAACCUCUACUCCUGAAAAUAUUUUAAUUUUCAUAAAUUUUAUGAAUUAUUUUAGCAACCCAUAAAAAUAUAUUUUUUUUUUUUUUUACAUCCAAAUUGUAAAAUGGUUAAUCAGAUUACAAGAAACUGAUUUGAUUUAAACAUCUUUAUAAUUUAUGGAAACAAGAGUUAUUAAAUCAUUGCAAAAGUAAUUAAUUCUAUGGAAGAUAGGAAACACUGCUACAUUAUUCAACUCUGUUGACCUUGGUGCAUGCUCUUUCCAGGUUAAGACGAUGUGUUCUUUAAAAACACUUGAGAAAUAAUUUGAAAGACAGUAAAUGUGCUUUCUGAAUUCUCUUCAGGUUAUAUAUUCUCUUGUUAAAAAUUAACAUAGAUUUGCAACCGUAAGGUUAGAGAUCAAAAAAUUUUUUACUUAAAUCAUUCGGUCUGGUUGUGUCCAAUGUUUGUUACCGUCUUCAUGCUAGACAUGUAAUGGCUGCAUUUCCCUGCCACUGGUGGGUGACGGCAAGCGACAUUUGUAAUACUCGGAUAAUAUAAACAAAUUUUUAUACUAACACCCAAAAGUUGGUUGGAUCUUUUUAAUCAAGAUUGGUUUAUGAUGCUUUCUGUAUAAAAAGAUACAUAUUAUGCAUUUGCAUCAUUCAAAUAAGUCUGGAAUUGUGCACAUUAUGCUAAAGUGUGAAUCUAGCCAGUUUGCAUCAUGAGUACAGUACAGUACUGUGUAUUCUCUCUUCAAACUGAACUGUGUAUGCUCAUACUGGAUCUUUUUUGUUAUGCAUCAUGAACAAGAACUUGAGCAGCUUAUAAUGUCGAUGAUCUCUCUUCCCGCCAAACACACACCGAAACUACGACGUUGGUACAACGUUCGAACAAGUUUUAACACCUAACCUGUUAUAACAACCAAUAUAGCAAGUUGUAACAACGUUCUAAUACGUCAUAAACACGUUAAGCCAAGAUGUAACAACUUUAUUACAAGUUGUAACAAGCGGAAAAUAGAGAGUUACGGUUUCUGUUUCCAGGGUUUAGAGUAUGCUGGUGACUGGCUGGCUGGUUUGUGUUCUUGUGAGAGUCCCAAAGCAACUGUGCUCUAUAACCAGUCCAAGUCUUUUUUAUUUUAUUUUUUGUCAUUUAGUUUAUUUAGGGCUUUUGUAUAUUAUAGUCAAGCUGUUAAUCUUAGGGAAAUAGCAGUGCUGUAUUGUACAAUAACAAAAUCAAAUGUGUUACUUUAAAUCAUGUAUAUUUAGAGUAGAGGAAGCCUUUAUUAAUUGUGAUGAAUAAUUUAGAUGUAAUUUUCUAACCUCAGAAAUACUAUACAGUACCUGUAUCUUGUGUUUGAAUGAAAUGUGUUGGACUUCUGGAUUGAAUGGUUGUCAUUAUUUGGUAAUGUUUUAAGAAUUAUAAAAGGGCAAGCAGCCAUCAUGUAUCGGUAGUAAAAUUAGUAUUUUAUCUUUAUUCUUACUGUAGGCCUAUAGGCCUUUUGGAAUGUAAACAGGUUAUGGUUAAAAAAGCUAUAUAUCCAAGGAUGAAAAAUGUCUAUUUUUUAUAUAUUAUUUAUAAUAUAGCUAUAUUGGGAAAAAUGUAUAUUACAAAAUUUGAAAUGGUAAAAGGAAUGUUGAAACAUUGUAUUAACUCUUAAGGCCAGAAAGAUUAUUUUCUCAUGAUGUUGACUUGUUAAACAUAUUUUAAUUAAAAACAAAAAUUACCAAGAUUUGUCAGAUCACUUGCAGUGCAACUGGUUGAAAUAUUCCUCUCAUAAAGGAUUUAAUAAACUCAAGGUAAUCUUAAGGUUCACUUGUGCAGUUGUCUGGAUGUAUGACAGAGCCAUUAUGUUUAUAGAGAACUCUGUGCCAUUAUAUAAAUAUUUUAAAAUCCUUAUUAGAAAAUCUUGCCAAGAUGCUAUUUAAUAAUAUUGAACAGUGACAGCCUUGAAUAAUUAUUAGAUAAAGUACUUGUCGGAAUAUUGUUUUCCUGUUCUCGUUGGAGGGCAUAAACAGAGUGAAGACAAUGAACACGUGCCUUGCAUAAUUCAUUGUUAUUGUUAUUUUUUCUCUAACCAUUUGUUUUUUUAAUUGGAAACAAAGCUUCAAACUUCGUAUUGCCAAUAAUGGUUGUGUUCCCAUGGUCUAUCCAUAAGUGCCGAAAAGGUAAAGAAAUGUGUUCAGUUUCUUCUGUUAUUUCUUUAACGUUUUCAUUCUAACAAACUUUUUUGGUAUUUUCAGCAUCAUAUUUAGGUGUAUUAAAGUACUUCCAGAUCAAACA